AUGACGGCAAGUAAUAGCUCACAACAAUCAGUUGAUAAUGAUUUGGUUGACGUAUCGGAGGAGGAUAAAAUUGCAGCACAGAAAUAUCUUAGCGAAAAUGGAAUACGCGGCAUUGAAGGCUUUCUUGCUGAACGAUUAGAUGCAUGGCGAAAAUGUCCGUUGAGCAUCGCAAUUACUGGUGAAUCAGGAUCAGCAAAGGAUGAAGGCGCGGCUAAAGUUGGUGUAGUUGAAACGACGCGAAUUAUUCUAUCCUAUUCUCAUCCGAGUUAUCCAAAUCUCGUAUUUUAUGAUUUACCAGGUGUUGGUACAUUGGAAUUUAAACAAUCAACAUAUUUAUCUCAAGUAAACUUGGAUCGAUAUGAUUUCUUUUUAAUCAUUUCACGUACACGUUUCACUGAAAAUGAUUUAUGGCUUGCGAGUGAAGUUAAAAAAAUUGGUAAACGUUUUUUCUUCAUACGAACUAAUAUUGAUCAAGAUUUAUACAAUGAAAAAAUUGAUCAUCCAAAAACUUAUAAUGAAACAUUAAUACUGAAUAGAAUUCGAGAAAAUUGUCUUACACAUAUUCGAACAGUUGAUGAUACUGCUAGUAUUUUUUUAAUUAGUGGUCGAAUUCAUUGUACAUCACAAUUUGAUUUUCCUAAUAUGUGUGCAGCACUUCUACGAGAUUAUCCAGGUUUGAAACGUCACGCAAUGAUUUUAGCAAUGUCAACUAAUUGUAAAGAAGUUAUUACAGCUAAAGUCAAUAUUCUUCGUAGUCAAGCAUGGGUAGCAGCAGCUGUUAGUGCUGCUGUUGCAACUCCGCCAAUACCUGGUCUAAGCGUAAUGUUUGAUUUUUCUUUAACUGUUGGCUUUGUUAUAUUUUAUAAGAAACAACUAGGUUUAGAUGAUGAAUCUUUAGCACGUAUUGCUGAAAUUCAUCAUAUACCAUUAUAUGUUCUGAAAGAUGAAUUACAAAAGAUUUUACCAGCACAUUUUUUUACGGCUGUACCCGAGUUUGUUGUAUCGCUGGUUAAAAGACAAGCGGUUGGCACUGCAACUGAAGAAGUUCUUCGAUAUGUACCCUAUGUUGGUUCUGCUAUCUGUGCGACGGUUUCAUUUACAAUAAUCUUAUCUGUAUUAACAAAUUUAUUGAAUGUUAUGGAAACAGCAGCACUUACAUUAAUUGAUAUUGUUGCCGAGAGAAGCGUUAGUGAUGAUGAAGAUGAAACUUAA